UCGUAGAGCUCCCGGGAAUAUCCAGAAGUUGAUUUUGUCAUGGCGGAACUCAAGGUGGAUACCCCCGCCGGUGUGGACUGGCAGAAACGCUGCCUGACCCUGGAGACGCAGCUUUUCCGAUUCCGCCUCCAGGCCAGCAAGAUCAGGGAGCUACUGGCUGACAAGAUGCAGGAACUGGAGCAGAGGCUGCUAGAGGCUGAGGAGAGAGCGGAGAAGGCAGAGACCCAGGUGGGUGUGAUGGAAGAGAAGGUAAAACUGUCCAAUCUUAGGGAUGUGGACUCCACAGGCAGCCUGCCCCAGAAGUACCAAGAAUUGCUGAAAGCCAUGCAGGGCAAAGUAGAGCUCAUCGACCAGCUGGAGGCACAGCUGGAGAAGCAGAAGCAGAUGAGAGCCGAGGAAGCAAAAAUGGUUCAGAAGAAAGCUGCAAAGAUCAAGGAGUGGGUGGCACUAAAGUUAACGGAGCUAGAGAUGGAGAAUCAGCACCUGAGAAGCUGUAAUCAGCACCUGGUGGAGCAGGUGGGAGCCCUUCAGGCAGCGCUAGAAGCCCUCCAGAUGGCACCUCCAGGGAAGCUGUUGGUGAUCCCCAAGGGAAGCCCAGAGCUGGAUUCGGUGCCCACAGAGUCAGGAGCCCGGCCUGUGGGGCAGGACAGUGGUUCCCAGGCCCUGGAUUUGAAAGGAGCUAUUCCUGUGCUUUCUGUGGAUGCUCCCGAGAGCACAGGCUUUCUGUCUCAAGCCAGAGACUCUGUGGAAGACUCUUGUUCCAGCACAUUCCACCCUGUGGAAGUGGCAGAUACCAGAGUGCUUCAGUCUCAUCUGGAAAGCGAGCACUUUCCCAGCCAGCUGUGCGUGAAGCCCAGCACCCCCGGAUAUGGGGAGGGCACGGUCACUGCUCAGGAGAGGGUGCUGCCUGGUGUCAAGACCUCUGUCAGGGAAGGUGGCCCUGGCAGCAGCCUGACCCUUCCUAAAGUGCGGGCUUCCAGCACUCCCCAGGUUAGCAUCCAGGUGGCCAAGAGGCACCACAGUCAGCCCCACGUCGGACUCGGCCACUUUGAGCGUGCGGUGAACACCGAGACUGGGUCCCUGUCGGCCUUCCGCCCGUCUGGCCUUUCCAAACUGGACACCUGUGCUGACUUCUGGGAAGAACCGGAGAAGAUGGAGAUGGGGGAGCUACCUCCAGCAGGAAAGGAGGAGGAGAGGGACAGCCUGAAGGUGCCCAGCACUGAGCUGGAGGAAGUGAAGCUGGGGAACAAGCCACCCACACCACCCCUGCACAGGUUUCCGUCCUGGGAGAGCCGCAUCUACGCGGUGGCAACCUCGGGCAUGCAGGUGUCAGAUGUGUCUCCCCGAAGCAGUGCUUCUUGCUGUGCUUCGAGUCCCCCUGCCCUUGUGUGCCCUGGGCCUUUCUCUGGCCUUGCCUACAAGAACAUCACCGUGCCUGUCUACACGACGCUGAAAGGGAAAGCCACACAGAUCAGUAGUGUGCCCUUCAUGGAUGAGUCCUCUGGCUCUGACGAUGACUGCAGCUCUCUUGCGAGUUUCCGGAUGUCAGUGCCCUGCUCUGAGUGUAGGAAGAACAGCGGACUAGGCAGUCCCCGGGCCAUCAAGAGAGGGGUCUCCGUGUCCUCACUGAGCUCCGAGGGUGACUACGCCAUUCCCCCUGAUGCCUGCUCUCUGGACAGCGACUACUCAGAGCCUGAGCACAAAAUGCAGCGCACCUCGUGCUACUCUACUGAGGGGCAGGGCCUGGGCACGGAGGCCCUGGAGAAGUCAAGUUACCUGCUGAAAAUGGGCAGCCGUGUGAAGACGUGGAAGAGGCGCUGGUUUGUCCUGAGACAGGGGCAGAUUAUGUACUACAAGUCCCCGAAUGAUGUCAUCCUGAAACCUCAAGGUCAAGUGGACCUGAAUUCUCAUUGCCAAAUUGUUCGAGGGGAGGGUGCGCAGACAUUCCAGCUCAUCUCUGAGAAGAAAACCUACUACCUGAUGGCUGACUCACCCAGCCUACUAGAGGAGUGGAUCCGGGCCCUGCAGAGCUUGCUGAAGGUGCAGGCCACGAGGCCUCCAGCCUUAUCUCAAGGGGGCACCAAGCCUGCUGUGAAAGGCUGGCUGACCAAGGUAAAGCAUGGCCACUCCAAGCUAGUCUGGUGUGCUCUUGUUGGGAAAACCUUCUACUAUUACCGGAGCCAUGAGGACAAGCGACCUCUGGGCUGUCUGCCUGUGCGGGAUGCGCGCAUAGAGGAAGUGGACCGAUCCUGUGACUCAGAUGAGGACUACGAAGCUACAGGAACCAGGCGGUUGCUCUCCUCCCACUGCACCCUGGUGAUCCACCCCCCGGAGCACAGCCCCACCUACCUCCUCAUUGGCACCAAGCCUGAAAAGGAUACGUGGCUUUACCACCUUACGGUGGCUGCAGGUGGCAGUAGUGGCAAGGUGGGCACUGCCUAUGAGCAGCUCAUUGGAAAACUGAUGGAUGGUGAGGGAGACCCAGACUCACCCCUCUGGAGGCACCCCACUCUGUGUUAUAGCAAAGACGGACUGUAUACCUCCCUCACCACCCUGCCCUCUGAGGCCCUGCAGACGGAGGCCCUCAAGCUCUUCAAGUCCUGCCAGCUCUUCAUCAAUGUGCCCGUGGAGGCCACCUCAGUAGAUUACCACGUGUCCCUGGCACAGACGGUGCUGCAGGUCUGCCUCGUUCACCCUGAACUGCAGAGUGAGAUCUACUGCCAGCUCAUGAAGCAGACCAGCUGCCGCCCACCUCAGAAGUACUCCCUCAUGCAGUGCUGGCAGCUCCUGGCUCUGUGUGCCCCACUUUUCCUGCCUCAGCAUCACUUCCUCUGGUAUGUUAAACAGCAGCUCCAGCGCCAUGCGGAUCCCAGAAAUGAAACUGGCCAGUAUGCCACCUACUGCCAGCGAGCAGUGGAGCGGACCCUGCAGACAGGAGAGCGGGAGGCCAGGCCGUCACACCUGGAAGUGGUGUCUAUCUUGCUGCGAAACCCCUUCCACCACUCCUUGCCCUUCAGCAUCCCUGUGCACUUUGCCAACGGGACUUACCAGGUGGUUGGUUUUGAUGGCUCCUCCACAGUCGGUGAGUUCCUUCAGCGGCUGAACCAGGAGACGGGCAUGAGGAAGUCAUCCCAGUCUGGCUUUGCCCUCUUGACAGACGACCCUUCCGGCAGGGACCUGGAGCACUGCCUGCAGGGGAGUGUCAAGAUCUGUGAUGCCAUCUCCAAGUGGGAACAAGCUCUGAAGGAGCUGCACCCUGGAAAGUCUGAGGGGGGAACACGCAUCGUGAAGCUGAUGUACAAAAACAGGCUGCACUUUCGGAGUCAAGUCAAAGGGGAGACAGAGCGAGAGCGGCUGCUGCUCGCCUACCAGACCAAUGGAGAGAUAGUGGCAGGGAGGUUUCCAGUCAGCAAGGAACUGGCUCUUGAGAUGGCUGGUCUCAUGGCCCAGAUAGAAUAUGGGGACAUGGAGAAGCCGAUCCUGCCGGGUCCUGGGGGCACACCCCCUGCCAAGGCUCAGCAUCUCCUCCAGCAGGUCCUAGACAGGUUCUACCCAAGGCACUACAGACAUGGUGCUCCUCCCGAACAGCUGAGGCACCUGGCAAAUAUGCUGGCCACAAAGUGGACAUCACUGCAAGGCCGUUCCCUGGCUGAGUACACCCGGACCUACCUGACCGUGGCCCGGAAAUGGCCUUUGUUUGGUGCUAAGCUCUUUGCUGCUCAGCCUGCCCAGCUGUCAUCCAAGGAGAACAAUUUGGUGUGGAUUGCUGUGAAUGAAGAUGGUGUCAGCAUCCUGGACCACCACACUCUGCAAGUGCACGUCACUUACCCCUACUCUUCAGUGACAACCUUUGGUGGCUGCAGGGAUGACUUCAUGCUUGUGAUUAGAUCCACUCCAGACCAGAGCUCUGGAAAAGGCCACACUGACAAGUUGAUCUUCAGAAUGGCUGUUCCCAAGAUUGCAGAAGCUACCUUCAUCAUGGCCAGCUACAUGAACCACUGCUCUGCAACUGUGGACUCACCGACCAGCCGGCCUGCAGCACGCCUGCCAAGAGAGCUGGAUGGACGACAGCGUUUUGCUUCUGUUUGCUGUGCUACUAAGGAGCCAACAUUGCUGUGAAUAUUUUUGUUACCCAUUUCCCCACCAGCACUGGUGCCUCUGGGAUUAGAUUUAUAUCCUGGGGUUUAAUACUACUGUGAUGGGUCUAACAGCCCUCUCCACCCCCACCCAGCUGUUUUCUGACAUGUGCAAAACCUCUCUGCGUGUCAUGUAAUGUACAAGGGCCUAGCCUUUACACGUUCAAACCCAGUGUAAGAACCACUUUGCCUUUUUUUUUUUUUUUUUAAACAAAAAUACUGAUUCUGGAUGCUACCUGAUUCUAGACACAGACAGGCAAGGUCCAUUGAUACUGAGGGCAGCAGUGCUGUACUUGGGGUUUCUGCACUGAUACUCUCAGGGGAACUAAUAUUUUUAUAUUGUAUAUGGUCCUAACGUUGGAAUUUAUACUUGAAGCUUCCUGUACAUUUCUGUACAGAACAGGACAACUCUGAUAAAAGUGUAGAACUCACUAGAACUGGACUUCUUUUCCCAAGUGGGAAACGUGUGAGCAGGGCUAGAGAAAAAGAGAAUAACUUUUCCCCUUUGCUGGUGAGGAGGCACCUGCAGUGCCCCUUGAAGGGCAGCAGCCUCAAUCCCUACAGGAAAACGCACUAUGCCUGCUCAGAUUCAAGCUCUCUCCCUCACACUGGACUGGAAGCUGACCCCAGAAGCACUUGCUAUCCAAGCAAGGGCAGAGAUAGGACCAGUCUAACCUCUCCCUGUAAUGCCCAGACAGGGCUUGGUGAAGGCUACAUUCCACUGCUGAAGAAGAAGGUGGCCACUGUCUCCUGGCUCUCUCAAAGCCUAAACAAAUGCCCUCCGCUGCUUGGUGAGGCCACAGAAGAUGAUUCAGGAACACAGAAGAUGACCUCAUUCCACCUCAUUCAAGGGCUGGGCAUGCUUGAGGCUUCUGGCAAGCUUCCACUGGGAAAUCAUUGGAUGUCAGGGCAUGUAGGUGAUAUCUGCCCCAGCCUGAGUACCAUGUGAAAGGAGAAAGUUUCUUUCACCUUUUGCCUGCUGAGAACAUUAUCAUGCUCCUCAGCUCAGGUCUGAGUGUGGGGGACAUGCUACUUACCUCCCCCAAAGCACCCCAAAACGAAAGAGUUCAUACUCUGAUUUUACAACAUCUAAGAAACUGAAUUUUAUUUCAUAGCUCUAGGGAAGCCUUGCCAUUUAUCAGUAAAGUGCUGAAAACUGUGGGUUUAGCAGGAACACCCAAAAACCAUGACUUUAACCUCAACAAUGUAUGUUGCACACCACAAAAACUACAAGGUUGGAACCAGCUUAUCUGAAAACCUCAGCUGCUGCAAGGAUUCCCUCUCUCACCUUUUAAACUGAGAAUGAUUAAAAAAGAGGCAGAAGUCUCUGCCUCUUAUAAUAAACUUGACUUUGCAAGGCAGGGAGCUUUACAGCUAUUUCUCUUCCUGCCUUCCCUCCAGGGUUUGAGAGUCUAGCUGAGACAUUUCUACCUCAAACAAGGCACACAUCAGAAGUACCACAGGCUCGUAGAUAACCCCUCCAAGGCCUGUAUAAAAGGCAGAGAUUACAGCUCUGGUUUGGUAUCCCAAGCAUCUCUUAGGCCAGUAAGGAUAUUAUCUACCUAGGAAGUUUUUAGAAAAAGGGUCCCAAAGAAAGAGUAAGAAUGGAGCUAUGUUCAUACUGAAUUUGUGGAUCAAACUCUUUCCCUUACUAUCUCUCCUUCCUGACCCUUCAGGACCUUCUCUUAGUUUAUUAAUUUUUUUCUGGCUCAUGUUUUGUCUCAUCCCUUUUGGCAAAGGUAUCACUAAAGAAGAGAAAAUGCUAAGUUAACAGAAAAAUAUCAGUGUGCUCGACACCCAUGUCUGAAAUGCCAUGACCAUGUUUGUCAAUAAAAAGCAGCUGUCUGAACCAAACAAUUACUGUGAAUAUUUUAGGAUGAGUUCUGUUUACUGACAGGGUCAUGAUAGAUUAAUCCUGUAGAGAACACAGGAGCUAAGUAGACUUCUGUAGGACAUUUAUUCCUUCUAACCUGUACUUGAAGAGCCUGACUUUUUCCCCUUAACCUUUUU